CGGGAAUGGCCUCUGUGCAUGGCUUCCGCCCUUGCCAGUUCUGGCCCCCCUUGAUAAGAGCAGCUUGUCCCGCCGAGAUGGGAAAGCUACUGGGCUGGCACAAGCUAGCGAGACUCUCAGUCCUCCUCUCUCUUUCACGUUCCCAAGCGCAACUCCCGAGCCGUCUCGUGGUCUUCAGCCUUUCUUUGUUCCUCGACGAGCGUCUGUGGCAUCACUGCUCUCGUCGCACCAGACCUUGCAUCUGACCCUACUCGUGACCCCAACGGGCUGUUGCUGUCAUCAUAAUAACAGUCCCGUGUGAAGCUGCCCCACGCUGGCCAUCGUCGAACAGCCAAGAGAACAAAGAAUAUUCAGCUUCAUAACCAACACGUCGGCCCACCAACAAGCACCCCGAAGCGAGCCCGAGACAGCCCUUUUGGAGACUCGAGCAACCCUUGAACUUCCAAGUCGAAUAUUUCGACAAAUCCUUGCAGCUAUGAGUGCUUCAUCUCGCACACCAGCCCCGACGCGGUCGUACACCACGGGCUCCAGCCCCAACACACCAACAUCCCCGACGUCUCCCACAUCUUCUCAAGGCUCACCACAGUCAGCCUUCACAAGCCGUUGGCCAACCCGCGCCGCCAUGAGCAGGAAAGACUCGUCAAACUCGGUCACCUCAACCAUGUCCUCGGCAUCGGCAGCCUCUGUCCCCAGGAGGAAGAAGGCGUCGUCGACUAGCAACGUCAACACGUACACGCAUUGCGGCAGACACACGGACCAGUACCUAUUCAGUGGCUGGUCCAAGAUAUUCAGCACUAAGCACUGAGUGCUUGCACCGCCGUGACUGUUGAUUUCACCAUUGGCAUCCACGCAGUCAUGGCCUUUUUCUGUCUUGCCUUUAAUAAUCGGGAUAUGAUGAUGGAUCCGGGAUUAUAUUGUACAAUAUUCAUGAUCUUGAUGUCUUGUUUUCCUGUGGUGCAGGGCGCGAGGCCCGGAUCAGACUGCAAGUCGAUUCCCAGGAAGCAGAGUAUGAUAAUGACGAAAUGAAUUACUGGGCUGUCGGGGUUAAAGUCGGAUUCUAUAUGCCAAAAGCAAAAUGAUAAUUACAAGAUCUUGCACACCCA